AAAAGAAAGCAACCCCUAUUAAUGAUUUGUUUCCAUUUUCAAGAAUCAUUCAUAGUGUUUAGUUGAAUAUUCACAGGUUUCCACUCCUUUUUGUCACUUUCAUUACCAAAGAUUUCACCUUUUUAAAGAUAUCUAAAGCCAAACAGCAGCAGGAGGAGAGUUUUGAGCUAUUUGUAAAGUUCUGAAGCAUAUUCUAAGUUAGAACUCAGGGACAGAGAUAGCUGGUUGACUCUUGAUAGCUUCUGCAAGUUAAAAGACAAUGUAUCCAAGGGUUAAGGUGAGGGUACAGAAAGAAGAAGAUGAUCAGUAUGCUUAUCAGUCUUUGCCAUCUUUGAAGGCUUUUGAAUCCCUUUCCAUAAGUGAUUUCUCUUCUUCAGAUGAUUCUCCUACAUCAGUUGUGAGGAUACCCCGAGCAUGUAUUUUAAGCCCAGACAGACAUGGGCUUCCAUCAUCGAGAGGGAGAACGAAGGAAAAUAACCAAACCAUUUUUGGUGGAAGCAAAACAAAUACAAGGGCCACUUCUGUCCCUCGACCACGUGCAGUCUUAUCAAGCCCUGUUAAUGACCAAAUGAUAAGCACGAGGAGCAAGACGAAAGCAGAAGUAGUUUCAGACUUGAAGAAUCACAAUUCAUGUCAAAACAGACAUCAUAUCAAGUGCAAAACUUUUCCAAAAUCAAUUCAAGAUUCACAUCACACAUGUGGAAAUAAGGGCUCAAAAGAGACGGAUGAUGGGAAACUUGAUCCUCGAGCAAGAGCAAGGCUAGUGAAAGGUGAUCCAAGUCGAAGAACACACCUUCAAGAAGGCGAUCAACAUCCUGUUCGUUCAAAAGUAAAACAGUAAGCAGGGCUAAGUAGUCAGCUCAUUCUAGCCUGCAUAUACUAAUUCGAAAAGUUUGUGAGUGAUGCUACUCUCUACUUGACAAAAGUUAUAACUAAACUUGAAACUCUUCAAAGAGAAACCUUAUUGAGUUGAUUCACUUUUACUC